GUCAUAUCAUGUAUUAUAUUAUCACACUAAGGCUGGUGGGAGUCAUAUCAUGUAUUAUAUUAUCACACUAAGGCUGGUGGGAGUCACGUAGUGGCCAGGGUUGUGCUAAUUUCACAAUUUCCCCUUCACUGUGGUUGACUGAUAAAGAGUUUCACUACCUAAAGUCACACAGACGCAGGACUUUGCGGGGAGAAGACACAGCUAUAGACGUAUAUUAGAGUUGAGGUUAGAAGUUACUGUAUUUCACCACAAGUGUGUUAAGAUGUCAGAGGGAGUCUAUGAAAACUCAGAUGGAUUUGAAGACGAUGAGCUUGAUGCAAUGAAGAACACAGAGAUUGAUGACCAAUUAUAUUCCAAUGUAAGAGCCUUCAAGCCCAGUUCAAGAGAUGGAGUUGUUGAUUCAGUACAUUUCCAGUGGUGGAAGAGACCCUCUGGAGUAGCUGCAGUGUGUCUGGGGCUGCUGUGUGUUCUCCUACUGACUGGGAUCAUAGGCCUGUCUGUCUACUAUGGAGUAAUUGGUCAUCACGACUCAACAGAGAGAGACCAGCUACAGGCCAGUUACAGCCUUCUGACUAAAGAGAGAGACCAGCUACAGACCAGUUACAGCCUUCUGACUAAAGAGAGAGACCAGCUACAGAUCAGUUACAGCCUUCUGUCUAAAGAGAGAGACCAGCUACAGACCAGUUACAGCCUUCUGACUAAAGAGAGAGACCAGCUACAGACCAGCAGUAACACCCUGACUAAAGACAGAGACCAGCAACAAAAAGAGAAAAAUGAUCUCAUGAGAAAGUUCUCUAAUCUGAAACAAACCUGCCCUAAAGACUGGAAGAAGUUUGAAUCCAGUUGGUACUUCCUGUCUACUGAGACUAAAACCUGGGGGAGAGCAAAGAUGACUGUCUGGAGAGAGGAGCAGACCUGGUGAUCAUCAACAGUGAUAAGGAACAGGAGUUUCUCUUCCACCUCAACAAGGGUUUCUGGAUUGGUCUGACUGACACUGUUACUGAGGGGACCUGGAAAUGGGUGGACGGCAACCCACUGACCACCCCAAAGUACUGGGGGAGUGGACAGCCUAAUGGUGGUGGAGUGGAGAACUGUGUGUUGUUAACUCACAGUUCAUCAGACCAAGGACCAUGGCAUGACUAUCCGUGUUCAUUUAACCAUUCCUGGAUCUGUGAGAUAUAGUUCUUUCUCACUUUUAGUUAUGAUGUUGAUUGUCAUGCUGAAAGUCAUGAUACCAGCUACAGGGCCUUCAGAAAGUAUUCACUGCCUAGACCUUUUCCACAUUUUGAAUUUUUAAAUCGAUUAAAUUGAGAUUUUACUGUCACUGUCCUACACACAAUAACUCAU